AUGGAGGCUGCUGCAGAAGACGCGGCGGAGAUCCAAAGCCCAAUGGAAAACGAAACACCGGCGGACAACCUAAGCCUCGCCCAAGACACUUCAAUCAUGUCGAGAAGUAACGCAGAUAUAGACAAACCGCUUACCUUACCACGGCGCCGGAAGAAGGGGAACUUGCCAGUCGCGUCUGUUAAGAUUCUCCGCGACUGGAUGUAUAAGCAUCGGUUUAGGGCUUACCCUUCAGAAGCGGAGAAGCAAAUGCUGUCGGAGAAGACCAAUUUGUCUUUGUCCCAGAUCUCUAACUGGUUCAUCAAUGCUCGCAGACGCAUUCUUCCAGAGAUGCUUCAACAGUCUAGAAAUGACUCCUUCGUUGAUCAGGAAAUGGGCAAAGAUGACGAUGACACCCACCUGCAGGACACCGAUGACUUCAUGUCUGCCAAGUCAGGGCCCAGAGAUCCAGACAAGGUACAAUCCCUGUGGCCCGUGCCAAUGGGCCAGAUGUCAGGAGAGAAGCUACCAGAUCCGGGGUCGGCCUCUAGCGAGGAGCUCGCCGUGAUAGCCCAGCCAAAGAAAAAGGUCAAGGUUUCUACCAACACAACCCCAUCUUCUCCAGAACCUCUGUUUCCAGAGGAGUAUCCCGAUUUUACCAGCUUCCAGAUUCUGGUCGAAGUAGCAGUACAACGGGCUGCCGAGCUGGAGCUAGAGAGGCAGCAAGAGCAGAAUCAUGAUUGAUGAUAUCUCAAAAACCCAAGUAGUCAGCCCCUUACCUACUGUGGUAAACCUGUUUAUGCUCACCCCAACUUAUUUGUGUGCUUACCUUUCAUAGAGGCAUCUUUCUUUCUACUGGUUUCAUGAGAACCAGUCUUAGUUAUUGGGACUAAAUUCUGUCAGAUAUUCCAAUGUUUCCAGGUGACUAAGGUGCCAUCAUGAUUAACACCGGAGCAAAGAUCUUUUAUUCUGCUUCACCCUGGACUUGAACUCUUUAGACAAUCAGACUAAUACAUCGGACAGUAAACAUCAAGCUAGAUUUCAGAGACAAAUGUUUUUGGCUUUCUAGCCAAGUUUCUUAAUCCCAGGGUUGCUACAAAUACUAAGUCACCCCUCUUUGUCCCUCUCUCUGUAAUCUCCCUUAUGUGUGUGAAUCAUAGAAAAGAGUCUCUAUAAAAAUGGCUAUAACA